CAAUGCUAAUCCCGACGAGGAAACACGGCUCCCUUGUGUUUUGAAGUGGGCUUGUUGUCAACCGAGCAGCUGCUGACAUCAUGUGAAUAGACUGUGGCCAGACCACAUUCAUCAGAGGCUGAGAGGCAGCGAGCAGGAGGGCAAAAAGAGCCCAGGCACACUGGCUGUAUGAAGCUCUGGCUGGGCUGAAACACUUAGCACUGGAGGGGGAAUGGAUUUGGAUGAAUUUGUCUGAAGCAGUUUGGGUCUCCUUGUAGGCACCCGAGAGCAGAUGAAGCAACUCUGACUAGUUUGGUGUAAUGAGAGCGCUGGUCAUGGACAGAUGAUGGACGUGGAGACGUCGUACUCAGACUUCAUCAACUGUGAUCGCACAGGCCGCAGGAACGCAGUGCCCGACAUCGCCGGGAAGGGAGAGGCAGCGGCCAGCACCAGUGAACUCACCAAAGACCUGGCAGAGAUGGACCUGAAGGCUGCAGAAGGAGACCCAGGGGCCUCCCCAGCCCCUGAGGCAGAGGGCUCCACCAGCCAAGAUGCCCAGGGAGGCGGAGGUCCAUCCUAAACUCAGCCAGAGGCCGAAGGGGGGGGUGAGGGGAAGGAGUGCAAAGUAGAGAGGAAGCAAGUGGAUGUGGAGAGACAUGGAGAAAGGAAAGAGAGUGUAUAUUGGUUGUCCUAUCUGGACACGAGGACACCUUCGCUCACUGCCAGCCUGUUUGGAGCUUCAGCGGCCCAAAUGUACGCCUUCUCAUUGGAUUUGAUUGUAACAUGCAGAGCAGAACAGAAUAGAACUGACAGCCUAGAUGCUGCUCUCUUGCUUCAUUCUCUGUUGGUCAUUUAUAUUCCCGACGAGACGAAGAAAGCACAGAAAACCUUGCAUAUAAGUCUGUGAAGAUGGACUGAGCUGAAUUCAUUUCUAACACUCGAAACAUUUGUUCCAACCUGAAUAGGGAACUGUGUCACAGAGGUCGUAUUCAUAAUCAUCCGUUUGUCAGUUUUUCUUUCUAUGUAUGCGUGUGUGUUUGUGACCCUCUUGUCCUUUAUCUUUCUUUUUUUCUUUUUUUGUAACAAAACAUAGUCGCCAUUAUACUGUUGUGUACGGACUUCAUAUUUAUUGCUUAAUGUUCGGUGAUAACUUUGUGAUAGCAAUUUUCUUUGUGUAAUAAAAAAAAACGUAUGAA